AGAAGACUGCUCAAAGAUAAGCCUGAUAGUCCACACGAAGGAACAAGGAGACCUCAAUUGCUAUGGUUGUGGGAGGAAACCGGAGUGCCCGGAGAAAACCCACGCAGGCACGGGGAGAACAUGCAAACUCCACAGAGGCGGGGCUGGGGAUUGAACCCGGAUCCUCAGAACUCUGGACUAUCAUCAGAAUGGAAGAGAAUCAAACUCACGUGAAGCUCAGUGCAGAUAAACUAAUACCCAAGUCUGACAUGCUGUCGUUGCUUCGCACUUACAACUGCUACCAUGAAGGCAAGAACUUCCAGCUGAGGGCUCGUGAGGAGGAGGAGGGGGAACUCAUCCUGGAGGGUUUGCUGAACAUCCACUGGGGUCUGCAUCGACCAAUCAGACUUCAAAUGUACGAUGACAACGAAAGACUGCGUCUCAACCGGAACAAUACAUCUAUAAUUGCAAAGCAACGAUCAACAGAGUCGAACAACAACUCACUGAACAGGGAAAAUGGACCAGCAGGUGGGGUGUGGAUGGGGAUGCAGGAGGAGGAGUCUCCACAGCUACUGAGGACCAGAAGUGACGCAUCCUACAUGCAAGUCCAGAGGAGGUCAAGGACAAACACCGCCAGAAACCUGCAGCGUUUACGCACACACAGGUUCUCUAUCAACGGGCACUUCUACAACCACAAGACAUCUGUGUUCACUCCAGCCUUUGGUUCAGUCACUAACGUGCGAGUUAACAGCGCCAUGACGACGGUACAGGUCCUUAACAUGCUGCUACAAAAGUUUAGGGUGGAAAAUAAAUCAGAGGAGUUUGUCCUUUACAUGGUCCACGAGUCUGGCGAGCGGACCAAGUUGAGGGAUGGUGAAUACCCGCUGGUGACCCGUGUGCUUCACGGACCCUGCGAGAUGAUCUCCAAAAUCUUCAUCAUGGAGGCUGACUUGGGAGAGGAAGUCACCUACGAUGUUGCCCAGUACAUCAAGUUUGAGAUUCCAGUUUUGGACAGCUUUGUGGAGAAGCUAAAAGAGGAAGAGGAGCGGGAGAUAAACAAACUGACAAAAAAAUACAUCGCUCUGAGGUCAAUGAUUGUCCAUCAGCUGGAGGGCAAAACUCACUCCUGUGACCCAGUAUAAGUGUGUCUCCGUGUGUGUGUGUGCGCGUGUGUGUGACACUAUUUAUAUAUUCACAAUUUGUAUGACGCAUUCUUACAUCUUACAUCAUUUGUACAUGCAUUUUGGUAAUAUAACGAAACUGUUAUGUUUUCUACGACUUUUCUGUAAUAAAUCAACUGUAUGGCCUUAAAGUUGUCUUAAAGUUCUCUUCAAAACAAACAUGCCAUUGAAAAAAAAGAACUUAUAAUUUCCUGUUCAGCUACAGUAACUGAUGAGCAUAUUAGCAUUGUUCUGCUGAGUGACUCUUUCUGCCAGCGAGUUCCCAUGCACCCUGUGUGUGUGUGUGUGUGUGUGUUUGUGUGUGUGUGUGUGCGUUGCACAAUGGGGUAUCCUGAGAGAGAACGGCGGGUCCUUGUUUCCCACACUUUGGCAAACAUUAAAAAGUGUUGACUGUUGUCAUUUUGUCGGGCCAACCUUGGCCUCCAGUCAGUCCGCUAUUAUUAUUUGUUGAUUAAUGCAAUUUCUAAUGCGCGAUAUCUUGACCCACGUCCCCUUCCCCUUGGUCAGUACUCCAGCAGGAAUAUACAGCAGACACAUUUGGCACAAACAAGUGUUGUUUCACCGUGUUGUUUAAUGCAAUCCCACAGACGAGAAAUUAAAAGUAAAUCAAAUCUAAUGAUUUGUGCAUAUGUACAGUAUGUAAAGCUUUAAACACGGUCUGUUAAAGGGGUCAUAUUAUGUCAAAUGUACUUUUUGUUUGUAUAAAAAAGAUGGGUCUCUGGCGUGUCUG